AACCACACCCGGUGGGCCAGCGACAGGCGAUCCCGCCCAGAACUAUGAAGCUGUUUGUGGCUGCCUGUCUGGUGGCGCUGGCCUCGGCCGUGCCGCUCGACUCCCGCGUGGAGGACCAGGACGAGCUGGAGAUGCACGAGAUGUGGGCGCCCACCUACCAGGAGGUGCAGGAGAAGGCUGGCCUCGGGGCGGGCCGCGCCACCACCCUUUCCCGCUCCGGGCAGGUGCUGGACCAGGCCUUCUGGAAGGACAUCGCCCAGGACAUCCUGCGCACCAAGCUGGCCGACCCCGUGUACGACUACCAGGCCAAGAAUGCCGUGCUCUUCAUCGGCGACGGCAUGUCGAUCCCCACGCUGGCCGCCGCCAGGAAGCGCAAGGGUCUGCAGCACGGCGCCGACGUGCCCGAGCACACCAUGCUCUCCUGGGAGACCUUCCCCUACCUGGGCCUGUCCAAGACCUACAACUGCGACCGCUGGACGGCCGACUCGGCUUCCACCGCCACCGCCUACCUGACCGGCGCCAAGGGCAACUUCCUCACGGUCGGCGUCGACUGCUCCGUGCUCAUCUGGAACUGCGACGCCGUCAACGAGGCGUCCUCGCCCAAGUCGAUCCUCCGCUACGGAGUGGAGGCCGGUAAGUGGGUCGGCCUGGUGUCCACCGCCCGUAUCACGCACGCCUCUCCCGCCGCCACCUUCGGCCACACCGCCUACCGCACCUGGGAGUCGGACGCCGACUUCGCUGCCAUGGAGUGGAUGACCGGUCCCGUCAAGGACUCGUGCAAGAACGUCAUGAAGGACCUGUCCACCCAGUUCGUCGAGCGUGAGGGCAUCGACAUCAACGUUGCCUUCGGCGGCGGCUGGGGCAAGUUCACGCCCAAGGAUGUCGAGGGCGGCUCCCGCCUGGAUGGCCGCGACCUGAUCCAGGAGUGGAAGGACAAGCAGGAGUCCCUGGGACGCAGCCACGCCUACAUCAGCACCAAGGCCGAGCUGAACAGCUUCGACGCCUCCUCUGCCGACUACGUGCUGGGUCUGUUCAGCCGUAGCCACAUGCAGUACCGCGCCUUCCAGACCGCCGACGAUGUCAACUUGACCGAGAUGGUGAAGAAGGCCCUGGAGAUCCUGAAGCGUGGACCCAAUGGUUUCGUCAUGUUCGUCGAGGGCGCCAAGAUCGAUCACGGCCACCACUACGGCAACGCCUACACGGCCAUCGACGAGACCGUGGAGUUGGAGGAGGUCGUCCAGCACGUCAUGGACAACACCGACGAGACGGAUACUCUGAUCGUCGUCUCCUCCGAUCACUCCCACACCUUCUCCAUCAACGGCUACCCGGAGCGCGGCCUGGACAUGUUCGGCCCUGCCUCGUUCCUGGCCGGCGGCAUGCAGAAGGGUGGCCCGCCGCCCAAGCUGCCUUACCCGAUUAUGCAGUACGCUAACGGUCCGGGCGGCUCCGAGGACUGGUACGAGUUCGAGGCCAAGCGGGCUCGCCUCGCUGACAUGUCGCCGGAGGCCGAGUGGCGCGACCCGCACUACAAGCAGGUGGCCGGCAUCUACCUGCCGAAGGAGACCCACGGCGGUGAGGAUGUCGGCAUCUUCGCGCGCGGCCCUGGCGCCCACCUGCUGCGCGGCAGCCUGGAGGAGAACGUCAUCCACCACGUCAUCAACUACGCCCUCUGCCAGGGUGACUACGCCACCAUCUGCGACAAGAAGUAAACUGACCGAUGCUAGUUGUAGGUUGAUUAGUUUGCAUUUUAUUUGAAAAUGUUCUAGUGCUUCUGGACAUAUCUCGCUGAAAGGACAUGGAAAAGGUACCGAAAUAAAUAGACAACUAUUGUCUGGCAAAACGCUCCUAGCCAAA